CCCUCUUGACCUUCCUUGACGUCCGCCGGCUUUUCUCACGGUGCUAUGCCCCGCCCUCUAGCGGUGGUCCAGAGUUUUGCUCAUUGAUCUCUUCUUCUCCAGCACCCGGAGGAAACCGCAUCCGCAGUGGGCGCUCCAAGGGGCUGGUUGGGCGAAGCAAGCGCCACGGGAAGGUCGCUCUCCCUUUGUCAUGGAAAGGAAGCUGGCCCGGGAAUUCAGGCACAAGGUUGACCUCUUAAUUGAUAAUGAAGCAGAGAAAGAUUAUCUGUAUGAUGUACUGCGGAUGUACCACCAAUCAAUGAAUCUUCCAGUGUUGGUUGGUGAUCUGAAGUAUGUAAUCAAUGAACCAAGUCGACUACCAUUGUUUGAGGCCAUUUGUCCUCUUAUCCCAUUAAAACACCAAGUGGAAUAUGAUCAGUUGACACCUAAACGAACAAGGAAACUGAAGGAAGUGAGAUUGGAUCGUCUGCAUCCUGAAGGCCUUGGAAUAAGUGUGCGAGGAGGUGCUGAAUUUGCUUGUGGCCUGUUUAUUUCACAGCUAAUAAAAGGAGGACAAGCAGACAGUGUUGGACUUCAGAUGGGAGAUGAGAUCGUUCGAAUAAAUGGAUACUCUAUUUCCUCAUGCACUCAUGAAGAAGUCAUCAAUCUUAUACGCACAAAGAAAACAGUGUCUAUAAAAGUGCGACAUGUUGGGAUGAUACCCGUCAAAAGUUCCCCAGAUGAGCCUCUCAAGUGGCAAUAUGUAGACCAGUUUGUAUCUGACCCUGGGGAUGGCCAAAACAGCAUUGCAGGUCUUGCAUCAUCUGGAGGAAAACUUAAUAAAGAAAAGAAAGUUUUCAUUAGUCUAAUUGGUACAAAGGGCAUGGGAUGCAGUAUUUCCAGUGGCCCUACACAAAAACCUGGCAUUUUCAUAAGCAACGUUAAACCAAAUUCUUUGUCUGCUGAAGUAGGGUUGGAGGUUGGUGAUCAGAUUGUUGAAGUAAAUGGUGCAGACUUCUCUAAUAUGGAUCAUAAGGAGGCUGUGAAGGUGUUGAAAAGCAGUCAAACCCUGACAAUUAUUGUUGUAACUGGAGCUGGCAAGGAACUGUUUAUGACUGAGGAAGAGAGGCAAAGGGAAGAAUGUAACCGGGAGUUGGAGCGCCAAGAGUUAAUGCGUCAGAAGUGGCUUGCCCUGGAAACCAACAAAAUCCUGAAAGAACAGCAAGAAAAAGAAAAACUGCGGAAAAUGGAGAUUGCACAGAAGGCUACUGAGGAAGAAGAACGAUAUCGUAAAGAAAUUGAACAGAUAAAGGCAGAGGAAGAGAAGUUCAAAAAGCAGUGGGAGGAAGACUGGGGUCAUAAAGAAUCACUAAAUGCUGCCAAAACUGUAAUUGCAGAAGUACAUUCUCCACCUCGUCCUAAACAUCGAUCUUUUGGAUGGUUUUAUCGGUAUGAGGGGAAAUUUCCUACUAUUCGCAAGAAAGGUAAAGAAAGAAUAAAAGCAAAAAGUGACAGUCUUAGUGAACAGAAAAAAAGCAAAAUGCAACUGGAGUUUGAGCUAAAACUUCUCAAGGAAAAAGAAGAGAAUUUGGAAAGAGAAAAGCAGUUGAAAAUCAGCCGAUUGGUUCAAGAGGUAUCUGAGACUGAACGAGAAGAUUUAGAAGAAUCAGAAAAGACUCAGCAUUGGGUGGAAAAGCUCUGUCAAACACGUUUAGAGCAAAUCUCCUCGGUGGAGAAUGAUUCUCCUGAGAAAACAGGUGUACGUCCUGCUGUUUCUGCUUCUGCUACAUCUGUGCGAAGGUUUGCUGGCGGCUUGCAGCUCCAUACCACUGACCUUGAUGAUAUCAACUUAAAUGAUACUGGCAAGCUUUCAAAACGCCCAGCACCUCAGCCUCCAUUACCCCAUACAGUGUCUGUAGCCUCAGCAGCUUAUCCGCUUUCUCCACCAAAUAUUCCAGCUAAGGGAUCAGUACCAAUACCUAAUUCACCUUCAUGGAUUCCAUCAUCCUCUCCAUCUCCUUGGGGACAUGUCCCACCACCUCCUUUGCCACCACCAUCUCCACCACCCAUUCAUCCUUCUAUGCAGACUGCUGGCACUUUCCAUCAUCCAAUGUCCACUCAUUUGAAUGAAAAAACUGGCUACCACAAUUUUCAGCCUAGUGGGGCACAAAAUUCCCUGGAUGACUGGGAAGGGAAAAACUACAAAGAAAGAAGGAUUAGUCCAGUUAAUGCACAAAGCGGCAAGCAGACCUACCUUUCCAGUCCAAAGCAAUUUACUCCAGGCACCCCUGCCCAGCGUCAUCCAGCUGUACCUAUAGUUUCCAAACCAGUUAUGCUGCAUCCUGACCACAAUAUUGUAGUCAGACCUACAACCAAAUCAGAAGCUCUGGGCUUCCAAAAAUAUGUGGAGGACUUUGAUCCCUACACCAUGUUUUCCCCAGAGCAGAUUAUGGGAAAAGAUGUACGACUCCUUCAUAUAAAAAAGGAAGGAUCAUUAGACCUUGCAGUAGAAGGUGGCAUUGAUUCCCCAGUUGGAAAAGUAGUGGUGUCUGCUAUUUAUGAGGGUGGUGCUGCAGACAAGCAUGGAGGUAUUGUGAAAGGAGAUGAAAUAAUGGCUGUAAAUGGCAAGAUUUUAUUGGAUGCUAAGCUGGAUGAAGCUCGGGCAGCUCUUGCAAAAGCAUGGAUUGUGGGAGGGGAUUGGAUUGACUUGGUCAUUGCAGUGUCCCCUCCCAAGGAUUAUGAUGAUGAAAUGACAUUUUUUUAACAAAAUGAGAGAUACCCAAUACAUCUUUUGAAGAAAGCUACCAAUGAAUCAUCAUUCUUACCAAGCUACAAAUCUUGGUACAAAAAAGUACAAAAGAAGAACAGCAAACAAGAACAACACAAGAUAAUUCAAGUGGCUCAGGCCAAUAUGCUUUUACAACAAUAUAUCAUGUCAUUUCCUCCCAUAAGUUAUUACUGUUGCCCAGUUAUAUAGUAACAGCAUAUAGGCAAAAAUUCACUGUACAUGAUAAAAAAAAAACAAAUGCUAAUUUUAAAAUGAAGUGCAAUUCAUACAAAAUCUUAUAGUAACUGUCAUCAUUACAAUGGAGAGAGUCAUUUUUUCCAUAAGUAAUAUAUUCAUAGUCCCAUAUAUAACUGAACAGAAAUAAAGUGAAAUCAAUGGGACAUUUUCCAGAAAGUAUAGAAAUGAGGGGGCGGGGUAGAGAAUGAAAAAAAGAAAGAUAUGGCUGAAAUCAGUUCUAUAUUGUUUUGGGAAUUUUUUUGUCAGUUAUAAACUACCUUUCUGCAGAUUUUAUGGGGAAAAAUUAUCUUUUGCAAUUAAUAAAAAAAUCUGUCCAAUCUAUUUUCUCUGCAUAAGUUUGGAAAAGAGUCACUAGAUCUAUCAUCCUAGGACUUAAAAUAUACUAUUGCAAAAUUACCAAGAAAUGUAGUGGGAUUUUUUUUCCUAUGCAAAUUCUAAUUGAAUUCCAUUUUCUAAUUUUAA